AUGCCAUUCCCUCCAGGCUUCCGACUCUUUCGCACAACCAUGUCUGGCGAGAAGAUCCGCGAGGGCGUUUUCGCCGUCCACAAGCCCCAAGGCGUCACCUCCGCCGACGUGAUCCGCAACCUGCAAAAACACUUCAACCCCUCAAAAACCUUCAAGCCAUGGUUAGAAGAAGAGCGCGAACGCCGUAAUCGCGAGAGUGGAUUCCAGCGCAAACGUCGCCGCCAUCAGCGCCUGGAGGUCAAGAUCGGCCAUGGCGGAACCUUGGACCCGCUUGCGACAGGUGUGCUCAUCACCGGCAUUGGAAAGGGUACUAAGUCCCUCCAGGACUUCCUGGCUUGCACCAAAAGCUACGAGACCGUUAUCACCUUCGGCGCUGAGACCGAUACCUACGAUUGUCUUGGAAAGGUUGUGCGCCGCGCGCCCUACGAGCAUGUCACACGUGAAGUCGUUGAGAAAGCACUGGCGCAGUUCCGUGGAAAUAUCAUGCAGCAGCCGCCUAUAUUCUCGGCGCUGCGGGUCAAUGGAAAGAAGCUUUACGAGUAUGCGCGCGAGGGCAAGGUCCCGCCUGUGGAAAUUAAGCAUCGGCCUGUCGAGGUUCUGGAGAUGGAGGUUGUGGAGUGGUUUGAGCCCGGCACACAUAACUUCCAGCUGCCCAAGGAGGAGAUGAGCGGAGAAGAGAAGGCUGUUGCCGAGAAGCUUCUCGAUCAAGAGGCCACGGCCCCUGCCCCUGCUGAAGGCGAGGCCGUGAAGGAAGACCCCGAGGCUUCAUCGUCUACUAAGCGCAAGUCGCCACCUCCGGCCGACGAAGCGAAGGAGGAUAAUACAGAGGCUGCCAAGAAGCAGAAGGUUUCGGAGACCGAAGCGGCACCUGCAGCAUCAGAGCCCAGUGCUUCUGAGCCUGCCGAGACUAAGGCUGAGGCCCCCGCGCAGCCCGAACAGCGCAAGUCUCAAACCCCGGCCGUGAAGAUUAAGAUGACAGUUACCUCUGGUUUCUAUGUUCGCUCGUUGGCGCAUGAUCUGGGUAAAGCUGUCGGCAGCUUGGGCUUGAUGAGUGAGCUUGUGCGCAGCCGUCAAGGUGAUUUCGAGCUCUCCCCUGAAAAGGUUCUCGAGUACAAGGAUCUUGAUGCAGGUGAAGAGGUCUGGGCACCGAAGGUGGAAAGAUUCUUGCAGGAGUGGGAGCAGAAGAGAAUCGCCAAGGCCGAGGCCGAAGCCGAAGCUCAGGCUCAGGCAUAA